UUCUGGACAGACUGGGACGCCAGCAUGCCCAGGAUAGAGGCUGCGUCCAUGAGUGGACAUGGCAGGCGCACCAUCCAUAAGGAGACGGGCAGCGGAGGAUGGCCCAACGGACUGACUGUGGACUAUCUAGAGCGCCGCAUUCUGUGGAUCGAUGCCAGAUCUGAUGCGAUCUAUUCAGCUAAGUACGACGGGUCUGGACUGAUCGAGGUGCUCAGAGGACACGAGUAUCUCUCGCACCCGUUUGCUGUGACAAUGUAUGGAGGAGAGGUUUACUGGACAGACUGGCGCACAAACACGCUGGCCAAGGCCAACAAGUGGACAGGAAACAAUGUCACUGUGGUUCAGAGAACAAACACUCAACCUUUCGACCUGCAGGUGUACCACCCAUCUAGACAACCGCAAGCGCCAAACCCAUGUGCUGCUAACGGUGGUUUGGGCCCAUGUUCUCACCUGUGCUUGAUCAACUAUAAUCAGACGUUCUCCUGUGCCUGCCCACACCUCAUGAGACUGAGUGAGGACAACCACACCUGCUACGGCAACGGUCAGGGCAAGCAUCACAUGAUCAAGAACAAGGAAACAGUCCAAACACAGGGUGGAGUGGCAAGAGUCUGGGGUGGAGCGCCCUCUGGUCACCAUCAAGGGUACUCCAGCUGGUAA